CUUCAAACGUCUCAAACCCUUAUAAAAAUCAUGUGCAAUGUAGAAAAAUUAAUAGAAUCUUGCGCUCGGAAAAUUUCUAGAGCUAUUCACGAUGCUUCGCCCAAUCAACAACUGAUAAUAGGGCUAGCACCGGGCUGGAUAGUCGGGGCAGCUUUAAUAAGAUUAGAAAAAUCCACAGCGCUGUUUCUAGGCGUUGGAAUUAUUUUACUGCACUUGGCCAAAGAAAACCAACUAGUACAAAUCGAUUUGAACGACAUCGACAUGGUGAAGUAUACGAGUUUUAUAGAAUAUCCUCCGACAUGGACGGUUAAAGUGAAGGAAUUUGCUAAAUGUAACGUCGCUUUUACAUAUGGAUUUAUCUCAGGUGUUCUAAUUGGUCUGGCAUCGUAUUAAGAUAAGUUUAGCAUUGUGGAAAAAUAUGAAAAUAACUAAUAAUUAUUCAUAAACUCACCAGAUUCUGUAGUUUCAAUAGUGUAUCUACUGCAACAUUCACUCUGAAACAG